GGGUGGGGGAGGGGGCCCAUGAGGAGGAGGUGGGAGGCCCAGCCAGGUUGGAGGGUCAGAACCCAUGGGGCUAGAGAAGCCCGUAGGGGAGCCUCAAGAUUGCUGAGACCAGUGACCUUCGGCCCCAGAUGGCCCUGCCUUGGCCCAGAAGGGUCAGAAGGACCUGGUCAGCCAAGCUCGGACAGCCAGCAGGAUGCCUUCCACCCUGGAGAGGGUCCUAUCUUGUCCCACAGGCAGAGCUACAUCACCACUAGCCACCCCUCCAACGUGCACAGGCCCCUGCCCUCAUGGCCCCCCUCUUAGGUCCGGCAGGUCCUGCCUCCUUCUGAUGCAGAAGCUUCUCUGGCCUCUGGAGCCAGGGCACACCUCAUGCAAGGACAGGGUCCAAAUUCCUUUGUCCUUGGACUCCAAUUGGCACUUUCCUGUGCUCAGGGAGUUUCCCCAGCCUGCUGUCCCAAGUCCGGGCUUUCCCUCCGCCCCUCCCCACUCUCAGGCUGGUGGGGUGGGGAAAGCAGCCCAUUCCUGGGCUCAGAGACUCCCACCCCAGCUCAGAGGGAGCAGGGGCCCAGCCAGGGACGGACCCCCAUUCCUCCCAGGGACCCCAGACCUCUGUCUCUCUCGGGCCUUGGCUCCUUGAACUUUUGGCCGCCAUGUGCUUCGCGAAGGUCCACUCUGCUGCAAUUAAAGAUCUGAGGGCCCGAAUGCAUCAAGCCGUAGACAGAUAUUGUGAUGAAAUGGAAAAUGAAGAAUCAGGAUGUGGACAGGUGAUGUCGGGCCUGGCAGAGCUGGAGGACGACUGCAAAGAGAGCUACCUGGACACAAUGGAGGCUCAUUAUCAGGAACACCACCCAGAGCUCACUCCUCUACUUGAAAAAGAAAGAGAUGGAUUACGGUGCCGAGGCAACAGGUCCCCUGUCCCGGAUGUUGAGGAUCCCGCAACCGAGGAGCCUGGGGAGAGCUUUUGUGACAAGGUCAUGAGACGGUUCCAGGCCAUGCUGCAGCGGCUGCAGACGUGGUGGCACGGGGUUCUGGCCUGGGUGAAGGAGAAGGUGGCGGCCCUGGUCCAUGCAGUGCAGGCCCUCUGGAGAGAGUUCCAGAGAUUCUGCUGCUCUCUGUCAAAGCUCUUCAGGUCCUCUUUCCCCUCUUUCCAGUCCUAAGGAGCCCCACGGGGGACAAGGAGGAGCUGACACCCCAGAAGUGCUCUGAACCCCACUCCUCAAAAUGGAGAUACUGACACCACCUUUGCCCUCACUGUUACUUCGCAGCCACCCUGACCCCUCACUCAGCUCUUCUGUGCCCCGCCCCCCUCCCACACACUCAGUCCCCCUGCCUGGAGUUCCUGCUGCAGUUCUGACCUGGGGCUGUCACCCUGGCAUCUUAAUAAAACUUGCUUAUACUUA